UGAUAGCUUUUACAAUAUAAGAAUACAUAUAUAUAUAUAUAUGUAUCUUGCAAAGCUAGUAGGUAAUAUUUUCUUUUUAAUUGUUGGUUUUCCUUUACAUUUGCUCUAUUGAGCCAGUUGAAAUGGCUGUCACUUGUUCUGGAAAAGGGUUGUCUUGUUAAAUUGGUGGGUUUAGUUUCUGAUUAUGUUUCCUUCCAUUGUAUCCCAAAAGGCUUACGAGACCAUAAAACAAAACCAGUAAGACAGAAGGAAACAUUAAUGGUGGUUGGAGAAGACAAAGCAAAUUCUGUACUUGGUGUAAGUUUGAGAGAGAGAGAGAGGAUGAGAAUGGCAUGGGAAAAAGGUGAAAAGAAGCUCAAGAAUCAGGCUGUUGCAUGUGAAAAAAGAGAGCUCGUGAAAAUGGAAAAUGUUUUGAGGUGGGUUUUUUUGUCUUCUCAUUCUUCCUUCUUCUUCUUCCCGGCCGAAUAUUUACUUUUCUCAUUCUAUUAAUGAAGCUAAGAGAAUCCAAUGACAAAUUUCUUUCACUUCUCCUCCUGCAAUUAUCUUAACAAACUGCUCCCGCUGUCCCAAACAUAUAUAACACAACAUAUAUAUCGUGUAUGUCGAGUACAAAAGAAAUUCUGGAAUGCUUGAGAAAUUAUUUUAACAGCUGUCCCUGCAGAUAUACACACAAUAUAUACAUAUAUACACGGCUAUACAUAUGAUUUAUGAUGGUUCGAAAACCCUUAAUUGUAUAAAGAAUGACUAAUUUGUAACAAGAGUUAUAAUUUUAAAAACAAUACUUGACCUAAAUAAUCAUGUAAUUGCCAUUCAAUUAUAUAUGUAUGUAUGUAUGUAUGUAUGUAUAGUGUGCAUGCGUAUCUGUAUGGGUGUGUAUAUAUGUAUGGAUGUAGUAUGAGUAGAGGAUAAAUAAAUGCGUAAAUGUAUGCAUCACGCGUAUUAGUAGAGGAGAUGACAUGCAAGCUUACCACAUGUCAAAAGCCAUGUUCGGAACCCAUGUAAGCCAAGCCAAGUCACAGGACCUAAAUAAUCAUGUAAUUGUCAUUCAAUUAUAUAUAUAUACGUAUGUAUGUAUGCAUGUAUGUAUAGUGUGCAUGCGUAUCUGUAUGGGUGUGUAUAUAUGUAUGGAUGUAGUAUGAGUAGAGGAUAAAUAAAUGCGUAAAUGUAUACAUCACGCGUAUUAGUAGAAGAGAUGACAUGCAAGCUUACCACAUGUCAAAUGCCAUGUUCGGAACCCAUGUAAGCCAAGCCAAGUCACAGGACGAAACGGGAAGGGGUCAAAAAGAUUUGAAAUUUACUCAAACACUAACGGUCACAUGGGCAUUCAACUUCUCUUCAAAACGUGAUAGCAUUUAACCCGAACUGCAUCUUCACUUCCUACAUAUCCCCCCGCGCCUUUCUACACCUCUCUGCACUUCACUCGUCACUCUCACUCACUCUCCUUUCACUGUAGCUUCUGUUACUACCCCAAAAAACACUGCCUAUGGAAAACUACAGGAGAUCCCCAUUCAAGCAGUGGAAGAAAGGUCCAACCAGAGGCAAAGGUGGUCCAGAAAAUGCCCUGUGCCAAUACCGAGGUGUUCGGCAGAGGACUUGGGGAAAAUGGGUUGCGGAAAUCAGAGAGCCUAAGAAGAGAAGCAGACUCUGGUUAGGUUCUUUUGCCACGGCUGAAGAAGCAGCCAUGGCUUAUGAUGAGGCUGCAAGAAGAUUGUACGGACCCGAUGCAUAUCUCAAUCUGCCUCACCUUCAACCCAACAUCAACAAUAAUUGCCCAGUCAAGUCACAGAAGUUCAAAUGGAUUCCUUCUAAGAAUUUUAUUUCAAUGUUCCCUCCUUGUGGUUUGCUUAAUAUAAAUGCCCAACCUAGUGUUCAGGUUAUCCAUCAGAGACUCCAAGAACUACAGAAAAGUGGGGUUCUAAGUCAUACCUCGUCUUCUAGUUCAUCUUCUUGCGAGUCGAAGACCACAAUUCAGACCCUAAGUGACAAAACGUAUGACAAACAUCCUGCAUCAAAAGAUAACGACAUGGAAAUUUCUUCAGAUAAGAUGCUGAAAGACCAGGAGAAACCGCAGAUUGAUCUGAAUGAGUUUCUUCAGCAGCUGGGCAUCCUGAAAGAAGAGAAACAGGAAGAGGUGAAUAAUACAAGAGAAAACUUUAAAGAUGAAGAAUCUUCAAUGAAAGACCACUGUGAACUUAUGGCUUUUGCAGACAAAAGUUUCAACUGGGAUGCACUUAUUGAGAUGCAUGGACUUCCUGCUACUCAAGGAGUAGAAUCCAGUAGCUUCCGAGUUUGCAAUAGUCAAGAAGAGCCAACUUUCACUACUUCUGUCUGGAACUUUUAAAGGUCAAGGCAUGGGAACUAGUCUCGAUAUGUUCAGCUCAAUUAGAAAUAGGUUUGUCACCACCUAAACUAGAGAAAUAGUUGUCAGUAGUUCUGCUCCCUCACUCAAUGCUGGUAGCAUCCCUAUCUAGUGGUUCGGUUUAGCAUGUGAGGGAAAGAGAAUUAUUGCAGUGGCUAGAUUAACAGCAGAUCUUGUAGUCAGAGACACAUGCAUAAACUGAUCAAUAUUUCUUUCUAUCAUUUCAGGUUUGUUGUGUUUCUUGAUCCUUCUGCUUGUCUCAAGAGCAGAAAUUCAAGAGACGCAUGCGGUACUAGCAUGAAAGGACAAGGUUACAUGUAAUGCAGGUUUUUCUGCAUUCAGCAUUACAUUAAAGUAGGAAAGUAGUAUAUCCUCCAAUACUUGUACUGAAAUUUGAAGCUUGCAG